GCGGGCGCCGUCCGGGCCGCGCUGAUCGCAGCGCGCCAUUGGCCGCUGUCUGCGCGCACGUCACGAUCAUGAUGAGAAUUAAUGAUCGGGGCCGCUGAUUUCAUUGUGUGACGCCGGGACCGACCCAGCCGAGCCCGGCCGAGCCCGGAGCCCCCGCGCCGGCCCCGCGCUACACGAUGAAUCUGCGUUCUGUAUUUACUGUAGAACAACAAAGGAUAUUGCAGCGUUACUAUGAAAAUGGAAUGACAAAUCAAAGUAAAAAUUGCUUUCAGCUCAUAUUACAGUGUGCACAAGAAACUAAACUGGAUUUCAGCGUGGUCAGGACGUGGGUUGGCAACAAGCGGCGGAAGAUGAGCAGCAAGAUCGCCGUGGAAUCAGGGGGCACCCCCCCAGGCACUGCCCCUGCCACUCCCUCCGUGCCCCCGGAAGCAGCAGUGAGAAACGUGGUAAAUAUUGCUCGAUCCCAAAGCCAGCAAUCCUCUUGGACCUCUGCUAACAAUGACGUGAUAGUGACUGGUAUCUACAGCCCUGCCAGCUCCUCGGGCCGCCCGGGAGCCGCCAAGCACACGAACGCCUCCAUGGCAGAGCUGCACAAAACCUCCAUCCCGCGGCUCCCGGGCAAGAGCGACGCGGACUUCCAGCAGCAGCACAUCCCUCUGGGACGGCAGGUACCCCACUGUAAAAACGCUUCCCUCUUGGUGGGGGAAAAGACCAUUAUUCUAUCCAGGCAAACGAGCGUGCUCAAUUCUGCAAACUCCAUCUACAGUCACACGAAGAAAAGCUACGGCAGCUCCUCGGUGCAGACGGCGGAGCUGGUGUUACCUCAGAAACCCAUGAUUUGCCACAGGCCCUGCAGGGCCGAGCCCUUGGCGUGCCAGCGCUUGCACAAAGCCGAGCCCGCGGCCCUGGCGUCGCACGUGCCCCCGGGGCCGAGGGCUCACCCCAGGGACCCCGGGUGCGGCACCCAGAACCUGGAGAUCCGCGAGGUGUUCUCGCUGGCCGUCACGGACCAGCCGCAGCGCCUGGUGCCGGGCGGCGCCGCGCAGAAAGCGCCCUCGCUGGAGGGCAGCUGCCUGUCCAUCGCCAUGGAGACGGGCGACGUGGAGGACGAGUACGCCCGCGAGGAGGAGCUGGCCUCCAUGGGGGCGCAGAUCCAGAGCUACUCCAGAUACUGUGAGGGCAGCGGCUCCGGCCGCGGGGACAACCAAAGCGCGGCCGCGGCCGGGCCGGGCCGCAGCGGGGGCUGUGGGGCACAGCUGGGCACUGCCAGGGACGGGCCUGACAAUCUCCUCUACCACAGCAGAGAGUUCCACCUGCCUGCACGGACCUCAUUGCACACAGCAUCCAGCACGAUUUAUAACCCUGCCAACGCAGCCAGAAGUACCUUUUCUCCUCAUUUUACAUCUUCAAGUCAACUGAGGCUGUCACAAAACCAAAAUAAUUACCAGAUUUCAGGAAACCUUACUGUGCCUUGGAUUACAGGUUGUUCCAGAAAAAGAGCAUUACAGGACCGCACACAAUUUAGUGACCGAGACUUAGCUACCCUAAAGAAAUACUGGGACAAUGGCAUGACCAGCCUGGGCUCAGUCUGCAGAGAGAAAAUUGAAGCUGUGGCUGCAGAAUUAAAUGUUGACUGUGAAAUAGUUCGGACUUGGAUUGGGAAUCGAAGACGGAAAUAUCGUUUAAUGGGGAUUGAGGUCCCACCCCCUAGAGGAGGUCCUGCUGAUUUCUCUGAUCAAUCUGAAUUUGUUUCUAAAUCAGCACUUAAUCCAGGAGAGGAAACUGCUACUGAAGUGGGGGAUGAUAAUGAUAGGAAUGAUGAAGUAUCAAUCUGCUUAUCUGAAGGAAGCUCACAAGAAGAGACAAAUGAAGCUCUUCAGAAUGAAGAAAUUGGCCACAAAGAUGAUGACCAGAAUCCAGUGUCCACUGAUAAUGUGAAAAUAGAAAUUUUAGAUGAUGAGGAGAGUGAUCUGAUCAGCAAUUCUGAAGUGGAUCAGAUGAGUUCUCUUUUGGAUUACAAGAAUGAAGAAGUCAGGUUCAUCGAGAGUCAGCUGGAGAGCCAUAAACAGAAAUACUUUGAGCUGCAGACGUUUACCCGGAGUUUGAUACUUGCAAUUAAAGCAGAUGAUAAGGAACAGCAGCAGGCUCUGCUUUCAGACUUACCUCCUGAACUUGAAGAGAUGGAUUUCAACCACACCUCCCCGGAGCCCGACGAUACCUCAUUCAGCCUCUCGUCGCUGUCGGAGAAGAACGCCUCCGACAGUUUGUGAUCCCCUGUUCUGGAGAGACACAGCACAAACCCCAGGGAGGUGCAGGCUUCAGGAGAGACAGACACACAGAGAGGCUUUGCUCUGCAGUGUUCUCAGCCCUGGCUCCUCACAGCCUUGCAGUGCCCAGGAGCUGGCAGUGCUGGGUUUGGAAAAUCAAAGAACUGGGUGAGGGAAGGGUUCACUGGUAGCAGCUUGGCCUCGGGUAGGAUUAACUUUGACUCUCCAGAACAACUCUGGCUCUGUAGCAAAGUCUUUUUGAGCAGGGAUGCAAGAGUGGGAAACACACACAGUGAAUUCUCCAGCUCCACAUGCUCCCCAGGCCUGUUUAUUAUAUUUUUCCCCAUUUUUACUCAGGUAGGUGGACUAAAAAUUGGGGAUCCCAGUAGAAUAACGGGCUUUCUCUGAGUUGUGCUUGAAAACCUGAAAUUAAACUGAAGUGUUUUUUGUUUUCUGAUUUGAGAUUGUUAAAUCUUCCAUUUUUCUGACCAAAAUAGCUGAAAAAAACCUUGAAAGGCUAACCGAGAAAAUUGAAUUAUCAUGCAUAAAUUAUUAAUGCAAAGAAGCAGUGAUAAGUGUUGGAAGAAAUGAGGUGGAAAUGGGAACCCUGAUAGCUGCAGGACACAACUUCCUAAUACAGUAGCAAUGGGAUUGGAUGUUUACACUCUUUAGAGUUUAAUGAUUGUAGUCACAGUUUUUAUUUGUGAAAGCCUGAAUGCUAAAGUACUGCUUAUUAUUUUAAUUCUUGGGUAUAGAUUUUUCCACAAACUUUGCUCCAGUUUACCCAGCCAGUCAGAAUUCCACAGCUGUCAUUGCAUCCUGAGAGGUUUUCCAGUGUUGGAAGUGAGCUGUGCAGAUCUGCUUUGAAGCCCUGCCUGGUGCAUUUUUGGCAAAUGCCAUUUCUAAACUGUGAUCUGGGUUGCAGGCAGGGGCUGAACUGAAUUUCUUCUUCCCCAGAGGUGUUGGCACUGAAUUCCCUUAGUCCUGUGGUGGGAUGGCUGUGCAGAGGUGUUCAGGUGGAUUCAGUGGGGUGUGCUGGUGUCCAGGGAAUGCCUGGCCAAGGCAGUGGUGCUGUGGCUGAGUUGACAGGGUGGUGACCAGGCCAGGGCAGGUCUCAGUCCUGGAGCUCUUCUUUCCCAGGAUGGUUCAGUGGGAUGCUGCAGGUGCCUGCCCAUGGCAUUGAUGCUCCAGUUCCAACCUGGUUAUCCCUCAGCAAGCAUUUUUCACACAGAUACUUCAGUCUGGUAAAAAACCUGAUCUUUCCAUUUUAUGCCAAAUAAUAAUUGACUCUGGGGAACCCUUGUUCAUGCAGUGAGUUACCCCCUUAAUUUCAGUGGGAGGUCCAAGGUGUAGCUCAGAAAAUCCAGAGUGUUGAGGAAAUAACAUCUUUUUUUUCCUUUAAUACUGGGAUUAGACUCAGGUUUUAGGGUUUUCUCAGUCUGAUCAGUUCCUCCCUAAUCACUUGUACAGCUCUUUCUGUUUAGCAUCAGUAGUGAGCUCUGUUCUUUCAGGUUUUCAGUCUCUCCUCUCCUUGGGCACGGGGAGCUUUUAGCAAUACUGUUAAAUACCAGCUGCAGAAAGAGCAGGAACAGUUUUAAAAGGUGUUCUGAAGAACCAAAAGUCGCCAAGUUCUGCCCCCUGUACAGUUCUGUAAGUUCCCAACAGAGCCACCCUUCCACAGGGAAAUCCCAGAGUUCCAGGCUGCUGGGCCUGUGUGUGAGCUGAGGCAUUCAAACUCCCAGUGGAAAUGAGGUUUGUGAGCAGAGCUCACAGUGCUGUCCUUCACAGGGAAGACAGAGCUGAGCUGGAAUUCUCUGAAAAACUCAUUUAUAAAGGGUUUUCUAUUACAAUGGUUUCUGUUGCUGUUCUCUUUAGACAGGAAAUCUCUGCCACUGACAAUGAAACCUCUUGUUUUCUGUGAAAUUAACAUAAAAUAGUGCUGGGAGUUGUCACUAUUUGGACCCUGUUUUCCUGCUUCUUCCACCUGAAUUCCCAUGACAGAGAGCAGGAUACUCUUAACAGGAGUUCUCAAUUUCAUGGUCAAUUAAAUCAUCUGCCUUCCUGCAGGAAAAACUUCCAUUGAUGAUUCCUACUUUGCUGUCUUGCUGCUAUUUCAUAUCCAAACAAAUUGAAGGAAUGAAUUUUGAAUGAACUGUUGGCUAGCUACAAGCAAUGAUGUCAGUCCCUGCUCUCCAGGGAGCUGGGAUCCUCUUGGAUGUGCAGCUGAGAUGAGCUGCAGUCAGGGCCCACCCCAGCCCUGGGGAUGUUCUGUGGGGACACAAAACACAGCCUGGCACACCUGACAACACUACAGGACAGCCAGGAAAAAAAAAAGUAUAAAUUGUAUCCCUGAAUGACAAAAUCUGGGGAGGAAGAUGCUCCACAGCUCCUUGGCUGGUUUUUUCAUAGCAGUGUGUAUUUCCAACAGAAACUGAAUGACUGUUACCAUUAGUGGUGGUUAAAUGUUGGUGGAGAGCAGUGGGGGUGGCUCUGGGGUGGGUUUGGGUUCAGGGUGUUUCCCUGUCUGUAGGAUGGUAACAAACACCUGCAGAAAGUGCAGUUCAUCACUCCAUACCCUUCCACAGGAGAUGAAGUCCAUCCUGUGCUUUACAGGGUGUCAGAAAUCAGCCCCUGGCUGUCCCAGUGAGUGACUGUAAUGUGAAUUAUCACUGCAGCAGGAGGGCCUCGUGUGGGUGGUGUUAUCACCUUUCUGUGGCCAGGUAUCAAUGUUUGACCAUCCUGCAGAGUCUCUCUGUCCAUAAACAAUGACUUCCCUGGCAUUGUUCAUUCCUAAAGCAUCCAUGGGAACAUCAGUGAUGUCUUUUUGAAGAAGCCCAGGUGGGAAGGUAGCCCAGAACAGACACUUCACGGGCUUUGGAUGCUGCAAGUUUUGCUCAUGGUUAAACCCCAAUUUCCUGGAGCUCUGCCUGCUUUCCUCUCCCUGCAGGUGAUGCUUCAGUCACAUCCAUAGGUCUAACAGGAGUAACAGUAGCAGGAAAUACUCCAAUAAAACAAUAACUACUCCAGUAGGUGAAUUUGGGGCAGGUUUAAAGGUACCUGAGCAGAUGAACCAUACGAGGUUUCUGGAGUGCCUAGCCCUGGAGGCAGCUCUGCACUUUAAUCCCUCCAAGUAUUUCUUUUCACUAAGGCAAUAAAAAGUGUGAAAUGAGGAGUCUGGGGCUUUGCAGCCCUGUGAGUGAGGAAAAGAAUGUCCUGGUUCUGUCCUCACCUGAACUGAGCAGCAGCUUUAGCAAGCCUGCUCUCCAAGGGGAGAAGCUGAGUCUGCUGCUGGGCUCAGGUGAGGGGCUGGAACAAAGCAGCAGCAUCCUGGACAUCCUGCUUGGGAAUGGGAAUCCUGCUUCAGAUGGAUCUGCCCUCCCCUGUGGGAUCUCCUGCACUGCUGUGUCCCUGGCACUGAGCACAGGCUCCUGCACACACUGACCUCCCUGCUGGCCUCUGCUCUCAGCCUGUGAGGAGGGACAGGAGUGUGCCCCAAGGGAAUAGCACAGGAGCAGUUCAUAACCUGUUCCAGCCCAAAGCUUGAUGUGUGACCUCCAGCCCUGCCCAGCUCCCCCAGACCAGGGGCUGAAGGGCUGGAGCCUGGCCAGACUCUGCCCCAAAUCCUCCAGCUUGGCUGGGAGGUGCCUGAGCAAAGUUCAGAGUGGUCAGUGAGCAAACUGCCCCUGGCUGCAGAGAACACAGCUGGAUUGUGGUGCUUGGUUCCUUUAAUCAAGAAUGUUUCACCACAUUGACCAAAUGUGAAAUCUGAAAAGUUUGGGGGGGAAAAAACCAGUCAAAGCAGCACUACAAAAUGGGUGUUUUCCAUGGAAGAACAGGAGUUUAGAGUAUGAGUAUUUAUUGCUCAGAAAAACAGCAGCUGCUUUGGUCAGAAGGCAACAGAAACAGGGCACAGCCUUGGGCCUGUGGGGCUCUUUUCCCACGAAGGAGCAAAUCCUCCUGGCUGAAGGAGGUGUUCAAGGAUGGUCCUGAAGGAAAACAGUUCAGGUCAGUGCUUUGGCUCUGGAGCAGUUUCCCAUGUUACUGAACUAAGUCACUAACUCUUUUCCAGCUCUGUUUUACAUUUUACACAACGCUACCUCUGAAACGUGACACCCCUUAAACCCACACACAAAAUGUGAACUUAGGAAUUUUUUUUUAACAUUUUAUAGGCAAUAAAUUAUUCCCAACAUGCCUCCUUCAGUUUGUGUUUGGUUUUUGCUGAGUGUGAGCCAUCAAUUUGCUUUUAUUUUAAUGCUAUUUUUUCUGUAUUUGUGCUCAUCACAAUCUGUGGAGAAGGAAAUAAUGGGAUAUUAGGGACAGAAGCUUAGCCUUUGUUAAUGGGAGAAAAUAUUUCUGUUACAGCUGAAGGAUGGGGUGGCUGUGCUGCUUUUGGUGCAGUUACUCUGAGAAAUGGGAAUUAUCCUUAAUUCUGGUAUUAAUGACUGUUGGAACACUGCUCAGUGCAUCAGAUGACAAUCUGAGAGCUCAGUCAGUGAUCUCAGAGCUGUAAGGAAAAGGGUUUUACACUUUCUGAGACAUCACAUUCAUAAAUACCUCCACAGAUUUUUGUUUCACUUGUUUCCUUUUUUUGCCCUAACUUUAUAGAGACCUUGUAGAAAGAAUUUUGAAGUGUUAAAUGAAAAUGGGUCAGCAACAAACUGAGGUGAAAUGUAGAUUUAGACCUUGUUUGUAUUCAAGUUUCAUCUGAAAAAAGUUCCUUGAAUUUCCCCCAUCACAUUUCUCUCCCUGGAGCUCAGGGAAGGGUGGCAGGAUGCACGAGGGGGAUGAAGGGAAUGAGGCACAAGGAGGCAGAAAUGAAGGUUCUGGGUUUUAGUCAGGAAAAUUUCAAUAAACUAAAAGGUUUCUGUGCUGUGGAAAACAAGAACUUCUGCUUUAUCUGCAGAUUUUCUGAAAUACAGGUCAAAGAGUCAUUGGCAAAUCCACUGAGUUGUGCUGGGGGAAAAUUGUGUUCUCCAGUAGGAAUUUUAUAAUUUCUGGGGUUAUUUCUGGAAUUCCUGAGUGUGUGUGAACACACAGAUGCAGAUUUGCAAUGUGCACAGAUACACUGAACUUGAUCACAGUAGCUCUACAAAGGUAUUUUAACUUGAAAUGUUAAUGGAAUUCUUCUCAAAUAUAUUUCAUUUACUCUUAUUUUUGUGUCUUGCUGCAUAUCAAUUGCAUAGUUUUGAAAAUUAGUCAAAUACAUCCAUACAAAUAUGGUUUAUUUUUUAUGUCCUUGCACCUGGUAACUUUUAGGCUUGGAAAUUUAUGAAAAUGCCCAUAAUAAUGAUUAUUUCUAAGUGAUUUUGGCAAAUAAACCAACUGCUGUAUUUAUGAAGAGAUAAUGAAUCUUCUGCCGUGAUAAUUUCUGCUUUAUUUUCACUGUAGGAAUCAAUUUCAUUUAAAAAAAAAAAUCUGAAAAUUUAAAUAUUACUGUAUAACUUGGAUGCUUUCCUUCGCCUGCAAAACAGGAUAAUUGAUGAUUUUAAAUCUCCUGUCAUUUCCUUUUGGGCCAAUUCCUUAAGCUUUGUAACCUGAGCAUAUUCCUAAGUUUCUGUGUGAAAAUCACUAUUUAUAUUUCAUUUUUAUGAUUUGUAUCAGUACGUGUAGCAAAGAAACUACUACAAACCUUCAACGGAAGUACCUCCACUAAGGUCCAGGACUCCUGAUCUGGGCAUUUUCAGUGCCAGAUGCCCAGAGAAACAGUCCAGACGUUUGUAUUGAGUUGGUUUUCUGUGUAUAUAAAGGGUAUUUAUAAUCUUGUAUUAACAGAGUCACCAUUGGAAAUGCUGAUUUCCUGCUUUAGAAGCCUGCUCAGCUAUUUUUAUAUAAAACGUUGGUCUUCGCCUUAAUUUUUUUUUUGGUGAAAAGUUGUGCCAUAGAUAUUUUAACUUAUCCACAGAUCCUUUACAGAGUUUGCUUUGACUUCUCUUAAUUAAUUUUUUUCCCCUGAAAUUGUCCUAAUUUGUUUUCUCCUCCAAACGCAUCUCAAGGUUGGUUUGCUUUCUUAAUUUUUUUUUUUUUUUUUUUUUUGGAAUUUUUGGAAGAUCCCUUCAUCUGCAUGCUUUGGUAGCUCAAGUUUUUCCUCUGUAGUUUAUUGUUUAUAGUUUAGAAGAACCUUUUAUUGAAACCCCCUGAAGUAAUGCUUGUACAAAUGUAUUUAGGGUGGCCCAGAUGGUCAGAGAAAAGGGCUAUUUAGCAUUGGUAAAUUUGUCUACUGACUCAAGGAUAUUUUUCUAUGUCUGUCAAGUUUGGGACUAUGGAGAAAUGAAAUAAAGGUGAACUAACUCCUUUUCCUAUAUGAA